GGAGCGACGGCGCCCCGGGGCUGUGCCGCCCGCGAGGUCGCGCGGCUGCGCCUCGCUCUCCGAUGGGCCGGCCUCUGUCCCCUUUCGCGUUGGAGAGGCUGAGCCGACCGCCGGCCCGGGGCAGAGCCUGCCCCGGAGGUCUUUGCCCGGCGCGCCCCGCCUCUCCGCGCCUCCCCCGGCCUCCCGCUUCGCGCUCCCCCUCGCGGCCAGGGCCCUGCUCGCGAGCCCUGCUGUUGAAUCGCUGGUCGCCGCCGCUCCUGCUCCGCCUUCCCCUCGCUGCUGCGCGCGGGGCUCACCGUGCGGCUUUUCAGUCCCCCGCUUCGCUGCCUUUGUUCGCCUUGAACACCCUCACAUGCCUGUUUUAGGAUUCCCCACUUUUCCCUGCACUUCGGCUCCGUGAAGCAGCUCUGCGGUUACAGCCCGGCUCCCUGGGGGCCCAGUCUCAGGAGCCUGAAGAGCUCUUUUAAAAAUAAUCAACGCGGGCCCAACGCAGGAACUCCUGUUUCCCUGGGGCAGCGGGAGUGGGGCAAUAGGCUGCUGGGCAGAGUGGGUGGUCUUUUUGCCUGCAUUUGGCAGGAGGAGUGCACCCCAGGGACCCCUGGAAUGAGAUUGCAGAGCGGCGCAGGCUGAGAUUCCUGGAGGCCCGGCCCCUUGGCAGAGGCCCCAGCCCUGCCCUGGGCCUUCCACGUGGAGCCCGAUGAGCUCAUUGAGGAUUUGAGCCCUGGCCUGUGAAAGAGUGACUCAGGGCCUCUGCCUGCUGCCCUUGCUCCAAGUUUUUACUACAGCUGGGUAGGAAGGUGUGCACACUGCCUUGUUCUGAUAGUAGGAUUUCCAAGAGAACAAAAGAAAUCCUACUCACCAAAAAAUAAAUAUUUUUUACCAAAAGCCUGACCCUCAGAGGAGCACAUGGCCUUUUUCUUUAAAGGAAAAAACUUUAAAAAAUAACAUUAUUUUCAGUGAAAGGAGAUGCAGAUAUUUUUGUUAUUGUAGUUCGGGGUGUAUUUUUGUUUUACUUGCUUUGACUGGUUAGGCUUUCCUUAUAUACUGUGGGAAGGUAGCUAUUCUUGGCCAGACUGUCCCUGAGCAAACCAUCUUUCUUGUUUCUUUACAGGAAGUGGAAGCAUAAGAAAGAAGCGAUUUGUGUCCAGCCCCCGUUACGUGGAAACGAUGCUCGUGGCUGACCAGUCGAUGGCAGAGUUCCACGGCAGCGGCCUAAAGAACUACCUUCUCACCUUGUUCUCGGUGGCAGCCAGGUUGUACAAGCACCCCAGCAUCCGAAAUUCAAUUAGCCUGGUGGUAGUGAAGAUCCUGGUCAUCUAUGAGGAACAGAAGGGACCCGAAGUGACCUCCAACGCUGCCCUCACUCUGCGCAACUUCUGCAGCUGGCAAAAGCAGCACAACCCACCCAGUGACCGAGAUGCCGAGCACUAUGACACGGCGAUCCUUUUCACCAGAGAGGAUCUGUGUGGGACCCAGACCUGUGAUACUCUUGGGAUGGCCGACGUUGGGACUAUAUGUGACCCCAGCAGAAGCUGCUCUGUGAUAGAAGAUGAUGGUUUACAAGCUGCCUUCACCACAGCCCAUGAGUUAGGCCACGUGUUUAACAUGCCACACGAUGAUGCCAAGCAGUGUGCCAGCAUUAAUGUGGAGCGGGAUUCCCACAUGAUGGCGUCAAUGCUUUCCAACCUGGACCGCAGCCAGCCCUGGUCUCCCUGCAGCGCCUACAUGAUUACCUCGUUUCUGGACAAUGGUCACGGGGAAUGUUUGUUGGACAAGCCCCAGAGCCCCAUCCAGCUCCCCUCUGAUCUUCCGGGGACCUUGUAUGAUGCCAGCCGGCAGUGCCAGUUUACAUUUGGGGAGGAGUCCAAACACUGCCCAGAUGCAGCCAGCACGUGCACCACCCUCUGGUGCACGGGCACGUCUGGAGGGUUGCUGGUGUGCCAAACCAAACACUUCCCUUGGGCAGACGGCACCAUCUGUGGAGAAGGGAAAUGGUGUGUCAACGGCAAGUGUGUGAACAACACCGACAAGAAGCAUUUCGAUACUCCCGUUCAUGGAAGCUGGGGGCUGUGGGGACCCUGGGGAGACUGCUCGAGAACCUGUGGCGGAGGCGUUCAGUAUACGAUGCGGGAAUGUGACAACCCUGUCCCAAAGAACGGAGGGAAGUACUGUGAAGGCAAGCGCGUGCGAUACAGGUCGUGCAACAUCGAGGACUGUCCAGAUAAUAAUGGAAAAACCUUCAGAGAGGAGCAAUGUGAGGCGCACAACGAGUUCUCCAAGGCUUCCUUCGGGAGUGGGCCCGCAGUGGAGUGGACGCCCAAGUACGCGGGCGUCUCCCCCAAGGACAGGUGCAAGCUCAUCUGUCAAGCCAAAGGCAUCGGCUACUUCUUCGUCCUGCAGCCCAAGGUGGUGGACGGUACUCCAUGUAGCCCGGAUUCCACCUCUGUCUGCGUGCAGGGACAGUGUGUAAAAGCCGGUUGCGAUCGCAUCAUAGACUCCAAAAAGAAAUUUGAUAAAUGCGGUAUCUGUGGAGGAAAUGGCUCUACAUGCAAGAAAAUAUCAGGAUCGGUGACCAGUUCAAAGCCUGGCUACCAGGACAUCGUCACAAUUCCAGAGGGAGCCACCAACAUCGAAGUGAAACAACGGAACCAGAGGGGCUCCAGGAACACGGGCAGCUUCCUGGCCAUCAAAGCCGCCGACGGCACGUACAUCCUGAACGGCGACUUCACCUUGUCCACCUUGGAGCAGGACAUCAUGUACAAAGGCAGUGCCCUGAGGUACAGCGGCUCGUCGGCGGCGCUGGAGAGGGUGCGCAGCUUCAGCCCCCUCAAGGAGCCCCUGACCGUCCAGGUCCUGACCGUGGGCAACGCCCUUCGGCCUAAAAUCAAGUACACCUAUUUCAUGAAGAAGAAGAAGGAACCGUUCAACGCCAUCCCCACCUUCUCAGAGUGGGUCAUCGAGGAGUGGGGCGAGUGCUCCAAGUCCUGCGGGCUGGGGUGGCAGCGGAGGCUGGUCGAGUGCCGGGACCUCAACGGGCAGCCUGCCUCAGAGUGUGCCAAGGAGGUGAAGCCGGCCAGCACCCGGCCGUGCGCCGACCUGCCCUGUCCCCACUGGCAGCUGGGCGACUGGUCGCCCUGCUCCAAGACUUGCGGGAAGGGCUACAAAAAGAGAACCUUGCAGUGCGUGUCCCACGAUGGGGGGGUGUUGGCCCACGAGAGCUGCGAUGCCCUGAAGAAACCGAAACAUUACAUAGACUUUUGCACCGUGGCAGAGUGCAGUUAAGGGCUCGGCGUGGAGGGAGAGAAGGGGUGGGAAGGGCUGAGGCACUGAAAUCAAGAAGGCUGGAGGGAUCCAGUGUCCCCUGCUGGUGAUGUCGGUCCCCGGCUCCCGGUACCCACGCAGCGCUGGCUGUCGGGGGCUUUGGGACAUGCGAAGCCCGAGGAUGAGAGUCUUAGUUUAGGGCCUGGCUUACUUUACCUCACUAGCAGCGGAGGGAGAGAGGGGUACAGAGAGGGAGGAGUUUUGACCAGCGCUGUUUUUGGUUGCGAUGGUUUCCGGGAACGUUUAUGGCAUCUUUUCUACCCAGAGUUAAGAAUUCGAGAAUGUCCACCAUGGAGAAAAAAGCUUAGCGACGUCAGAGGACUCCAUCAUUACCCUUUUGGGCCUCUCUCGUGUCUUUGUGCAUUUCUUUGGAAGAAGACACAAUUGCAUGUGUCUGUAAAAAUGCAUCAAGUCUCCAGGGGGAGAACAGCUGCGAUGUGUCGGGUGCCGGUAAAAACCAAAGGAGGCGCCCCCAGCUCGGCACCUCCUGCCUCUUUCCUCCUUGUGUAAGCCUGUGUUAGGAGUGUGGAUGUGAAAAAACAGGUUGAGUCUCAAGAAAGUCAGCAAGAUCACGCAAAAAGGCUGCAAUGCCAGAACAAGACUGGGGUGAGCAGAACUGGGUCCCCAGUGUUUGGGGACAGUGAGAUCAUUUGUCUCGUGGUGGGGAGGCUACUGAGGGGUAGCAGGUCCAUCCCCAGCAGCUGGUCCAACAGUCAUAUCCUGGUGAAUGUCUGUUCAGCUCUUCUACUAUGAAAGAGAAUGACCUUUUCCAUAUGUAUAUAGUAAAAUAUGUUACUAUACAUUCUAUGUACUUUAUAAGUAUUGGUUUGUGUGUUCCUUCUAAGAAGGACUACAGUCUGUAAUAAAUGCCUAUAAUAACAUAUUUAUUUUUAUACAUUUCUUUUUAAUGAUAAAACUCUUAAGUUAUAUCGUGAUUGUAAAAGGGCAUAUAAAAAUAGAGUAUUUAUACAAUAUAUGUUACUAGAAAUAAUAAAAGAACACUUUUCAAAUAUAUGUGUAUAUUUUUUUUAAGUGGGAAUUUAUAGGAAGGAAAUCAGACAAAUACUGAAUUUGAAGGAGUAUUUUCUUAAAUUCUUUGGAAAUAAGAUUUCAUUCUAAUGAAAUGUAUUUUAUGUAUCCUGGAUUAUGUGAUUGUUACAAAGAAAGGAAGCUAUGGUAUCUUUAGCAAUAGAUAGGUUUGUUACUAAUGUAUGAUAUACACAAGUGGUUGGCAGACUGUUUCUGUAAAGAGCCAGAUAAUAAAUACUUUCAGCUUCGUG